AUGAGUAAAGAUAUUGAAGAAAUGAUAUCUAAAUGUACAAUUUGUGAAAGAUAUAGCAACGCAAACACUAAAGAACCGUUAAUUUCACAUGAGAUACCAAAAGUUCCUUUUGAAAAGGUAGCGAGUGACAUUUUACAAUUUAGAGAAGAAAAUUAUUUAGUACUUCAAGACUAUUAUUCAAAAUGGUUAGAAAUCAUUAAACUUAAAAACAAAACAGGAUUAGAAGUUAUUGGUAAAUUAAAAACUGUAUUUGCUACACAUGGAAUACCUAGUAUACUCAUAUGUGAUAAUCAACCAUAUAAUUCACAUGAAUUUAAAGAAUUUUCAAAAAAAUGGUUAUUUAAAAUAGUAACAAGCUCACCAAAUUAUCCACGGAGUAAUGGAUUAGCGGAACGCGCGGUGCAAACGGCUAAGAAAAUAUUAGAGAAAUCUAAACAAGAAAAUAUAGAGAUGGAGGCAGCACUUUUAGAAUAUAGAAAUAUGCCAAUAUCAGGAUUAGAUGUUCCACCUGCUCAAAUAAUGUUCAACAGGAGAGUUAAAACAAAAGUUCCUGUACACGUUAAGUUGUUACAACCGGCAGUACCUCAAAACGUUCAUAAGAAGAUGAAAAACAAAUUCGUACAAAAAAUUAUCAUGACCUACAUGCGAAAAAGCGUGAUGACUUUCGAGAAGGUGAAAAUGUAUUAG